AUGGCCGAUAAAUUUAUUCCCCACACAAUUGAACAAUUACAACAAAAGGCAGCAGAGUUGAACAUUAAAGAUGUUGGAAAGUUUAUUGAAACACAGCGUCGAUUAGAUCUUGACCUUGUACAGCUCUACAUCAACAAAGAAAUGGAAGAAAAACGUCUUGACCGUGAAGAUAUCGAUAAAACACAGAGUGCCGGUCCUCAACGCUUAUCGUCUGACCCUACCCUUAAAGGAGACCCACAGCUAGACAAAAGUUUUAAAUGUUUAGGAGAGGAUGAAGAUCUUGACUACUACUUGAUAAUGUUUGAAACGACAGCGACCAAAAAUAAGAUUCCUAAGGAAUCAUGGCCUCUUCACUUAGCCUACAAAUUGACAGACAAAUUGCGGAAGUAUAUGAUAAUGCAUGAGCUUAUCAAUAAUACUGACUAUGAAAAAGUAAAGACUGACCUCCUUCACUUCGCGGAGUACACCGAAGAAACAUAUAGAAAUAAGUGGGACACCAUUACACCUGUUGGGGAUGACUUUAGGGAAUACUAUAUGAAACUUAGAAGGUCUCUUGACAGCUGGGUAAAAGCAUCCGACACCCCACAAACCUAUGAAGGACUUAGAGAUUUAAUAUUAAAGGGCAGAAUUUAUAACGAGGUUUCCAGCGAACUUUUGCGUGAAGUUCUAAUGAAACAACCGAAAACACCAGAUGAAACUCUUGCUAUCAUAGAUCAUUUUAAGAUAGCAUCAAAAGGUUCUAGGGUUAGCAAAAUUCGUAACAAUCAACCAUUUGUAGCAGCAGCUUCUAAUGUAUCAUACUCAAGUGACUCUUCACAACGUAGUAAUCAUUCUAAACUGUGUGACAACUGCAAAGAAGAACUUCAGCCCCCAAAUCCUUUAGCUGCAUGCCAGUCACAUUCGUUUGAUUUACUUGAUAACCAAGACAGUAGUGGUAGAUCUGUAGGGACUUUGUUUAUUCAUGAAGGCCUUCUAAAUGGGAAAAAGGUUACAGUUCUCAGAGAUUCAGGAUGCAGUAUUAUUGGUGUCCGUCGAAAUCUAAUUUCUGCUCACAAUAUUUUAAAUGGGACAUACACGUUGAAACUUAUUGAUGGUCAAAUUAAAGACUACCCACUAGCUAGAAUUCAUAUAGACACACCUUUCUUGAAGGGUUAUUUUGUCGCUGCUGUGUUCGAUGACCCUGUCGCCGACCUUAUUGUUGGUAACGUAAAUAAUGCAAAGAGCUUUCAUCCUGCUGGUGCUGUCACUAGAGCUAUGACUAGUCGGAUAGCUGAAACCCCGAAGCUCCCAUAUGAUAAUGUUAUAGAUAACAUUAGUUCAAUCCCCAAUUACAAGGAGUUUCAGAAAGAACAAUUAACAGACACAACUUUGACAGAUCUAUGGCAACGAGCUCGGGCCGGCACCGUACAAGAUAAACAAAAGGGCUUUAUUUCUUUCAUUAUCAAGAACAAUUUACUUUACAAACAGUUUCGUGAAAAAAAGGAUCCUUACAAUAUUGUACAACAAUUAGUCGUCCCUAUGUCUCAUAGACAGCUAGUCCUAAGCACCGCACACUCAUCCUCUCUUGCAGGUCAUAUGUCUGUCCGCCGCACUAAAGAUAGGGUAUAUUCACAGUUCUACUGGCCUGGAGCCAAUAGAGACAUUAAAUCAUAUAUUAAAACAUGUUUUAUUUGUCAGAAAGCUAAACACCCAGGUCAAAGUGGUAAGGCUAUUUUGGGGGAAACGGAUAGAAUUUCGACGCCAUUCUGCAAAGUAGCUAUCGAUAUCAUUGGUCCUUUACAAUUGACUGACAAUAAAAAUAGAUACAUACUUACCCUCAUAGAUACGGCUACACGAUGGCCUGAGGCUAUACCAUUGCCAAACAUAGAAACUCAUACUGUAAUUGAAGCUCUUAGUACAAUCUUUUCCAGAAUAGGAUUCCCAGAAAAAAUUUUGUCGGACAAUGGGCCUCAAUUUAAAUCUGAUCUUUACCACCAAAUACUCAGAUUCUUUAACAUCACACCAAUGAAGACAACACCAUAUCACCCUAUCUCCAAUGGCUUAGUUGAAAGAUUUAAUGGCUCUUUAGAGCAUAUGCUUCGAAAAGUCGCGACUGAAGAACCAAAAAACUGGGAUAGAUAUAUUCAUGCGGUUCUCUUUGCAUACCGUGAAGUUCCAAAUGAAUCUACUAAGUUCUCUCCAUAUGAAUUAGUUUAUGGUAGAAAAGUUAGGGGGCCCAUGUCUAUCCUUAAACACUUAUUUACGGAAGAAUUUAUAGAAAUUGAGACCAAAACUGUUUAUGAAUAUCUGUUGGAUCUUAAACACAGGUUAGGCUACGCUAGCAAAUUGGCUCACGAAAAUGAUGUGGCUAGUAUGUCCAAGCAUAAGAUUUAUUAUGACAAGAAUGCAAUAGAUAAGGAUAUUCAGGAAGGAGACUUGGUCCUCCUUCUUAAACCACACAAGAAAAACAAACUAGCGCUUCAUUGGGACGGGCCCUAUACAGUACAGAAAAAAAUAUCUGAAGUUAAUGUUAUUAUUAAGAAAGGAGGUAAACUUAAGACAUAUCAUGUCAAUAGAUUACUGAAGUAUCACGUUAGAGAAGACAAUAAACCAGAUACUACACGUAACAGUGGUGAAGGCCUCACCCUUAUCGCUGCAUGCGCCGCUUCUUUUGUUACUGAUACAGACCAUGACACGAUCGAUACUGACAGCCAAAUACCACCUUUACCAACUCUUACUUCUAGUGGCCAAUCUUCCCUAACUUCCUUAAACAUCAACCCCAAUUUGAGCACAACGCAAACUGCCCAGCUCCAUGACAUUCUUACUGAAUUCUCCAGUAUCAUUACUGAUAUACCCGGAAAAGCAAAGGUGCCAGAAUUUAAAAUAGAGCUUACAUCAGAUAAACCAGUCACCCUUAAACCAUAUGCUGUUCCUCUCCACAUGAGAGAUGUCCUAAACAAAGAGAUUGAAAACAUGCUUCGACUUGACAUUAUAGAGGAGUCUGACUCCCCAUACGCAAGCCCAGUUGUCCUUGUCAAAAAGAAAGAUGACUCAAUUAGGACUUGUGUUGACUUUCGGAAAUUAAACAUGAUAACUAAGUUUGAUGCAGAGGUUAUACCAGAUCAGGAGGAUUUGUUUACCCAACUGAACUCUGCUCAAUAUUUUACAAAGUUGGAUUUAACAAAAGGAUUCUGGCAACUCCCUUUAGAACCUUCUAGUCGAAAAUACACUGCUUUUAGAGUUCCUAUGGGUCACUUUCAAUUUAAGUAUCUCCCCUUUGGUCUUUUGAAUAGCCCUAGCUUUUUCAACCGUACCAUUAGAAAUGUUUUGAAAGGCCUGUCUGAUGUCAUUUUUUACUUUGAUGACAUUUGUGUUUUUAGUAAUGAUUGGGUUUCCCAUCUAACUUCACUGACUGCAUUGUUGUCUAGAUUACGGGAGGUGGGGUUUACAGUUAAGCCCAGCAAAUUGGAGAUUGCUUACACAAGUAUUACAUUUUUGGGGCAUAUUGUUGGCAACGGUAAAUUGCAACCUGAACCAGGGAAUAUUGACAAAAUCCUUCACCUACGGGUCCCCCAUACAAAGAAAGAAGUCCGUAGCUUGAUGGGCCUAGCUAAUUACUACAGCAAAUUUAUACCAUCAUUUGCUAGUUUAGUUUUUCCUUUAACGGAGCUUCUUAAAAAGGGAAUGCCCAUGAAAGUUGUGUGGACUGCUGAGUGUGAGAAUGCACUAAGAGGAAUACAAAAUUGUUUGACAAAUGAUCCCAUUCUCAAACUUCCCGAUCCUUCCGAGCCUUUUAUAUUACAGACAGAUGCUUCUAACAUAGGUAUCUCUUGUUGUCUAAUGCAAGAGAUAGAUGGUCUUCUCCAUCCGGUUCGAUUCCUUAGUAGGAAGUUAAUGCCUAGGGAACAACGGUACAGCACUAUUGAAAAAGAGUGUCUAGCUAUAAGAAUCCCUAAAACAGUCAAGAGGGAGAGGGAUGAUGUCACAGCUGUGUGA